GCCCUAGGCGGCGCCAUGUCGGCGGGCGGCCCGUGCCCGGCGGGGGCCGGUGGGGGCUCAGGGGGCGCCUCCUGCGCUGUGGGGGUCUCCCCCGGCGGGGUAUCCAUGUUCCGGUGGCUGGAGGUGCUGGAGAAGGAGUUCGAUAAGGCCUUCGUGGAUGUGGAUCUACUCCUGGGCGAGAUCGAUCCGGACCAGGCGGACAUUACUUAUGAGGGGCGACAGAAGAUGACCAGCCUGAGCUCCUGCUUUGCGCAGCUUUGCCAUAAAGCCCAGACUGUGUCCCAAAUCAACCACAAGCUAGAGGCACAGUUGGUGGAUCUGAAAUCUGAACUGACAGAGACUCAAGCGGAGAAAGUUGUAUUGGAAAAAGAAGUACAUGAUCAGCUUUUACAGUUGCACUCUAUUCAGCUUCAGCUUCAUGCUAAAACUGGUCAAAGUGUUGACUCUGGUACCAUUAAGGCAAAACUGUCUGUCCCCUCUGUGGAGGAGCUGGAGAGAGAGCUUGAAGCAAACAAAAAAGAAAAAAUGAAAGAAGCUCAACUUGAAGCUGAAGUGAAAUUGUUGAGAAAAGAGAAUGAAGCCCUUCGCAGACAUAUAGCUGUUCUCCAGGCUGAAGUUUAUGGGGCCAGAUUGGCUGCCAAGUACUUGGAUAAGGAACUGGCAGGAAGGGUCCAACAAAUACAAUUACUAGGACGAGAUAUGAAGGGACCUGCUCAUGAUAAGCUUUGGAACCAGUUGGAAGCUGAAAUACAUUUGCAUCGUCAUAAAACUGUUAUCAGAGCCUGUAGAGGACGUAAUGACCUGAAACGACCGAUGCAAGCACCACCAGGCCAUGAUCAAGACUCCUUAAAGAAAAGCCAAGGUGUUGGUCCAAUUAGAAAAGUUCUUCUCCUUAAGGAAGAUCAUGAAGGCCUUGGCAUUUCAAUUACAGGUGGGAAAGAACAUGGUGUUCCAAUCCUCAUCUCUGAGAUCCAUCCAGGGCAACCUGCUGAUAGAUGUGGAGGGCUACAUGUUGGGGAUGCUAUUCUGGCAGUCAAUGGAGUUAACCUAAGAGACACAAAGCACAAAGAAGCUGUAACCAUUCUUUCCCAGCAGAGAGGAGAGAUUGAAUUUGAAGUAGUUUAUGUGGCUCCUGAGGUGGAUUCUGAUGACGAAAAUGUAGAGUACGAAGAUGAGAGUGGACAUCGUUACCGUUUGUACCUUGAUGAGUUAGAAGGAGGUGGUAAUCCUGGUGCUAGUUGCAAAGACACAAGUGGGGAAAUCAAGGUGUUACAAGGGUUUGAUAAGAAGACUGUAACUAACGCACAUGAAAAUGGAGACCUGGGAACUUCGAGUGAAACUCCCCUAGAUGACAGUGAUUCCAAAUUAGAUGAUCUGCACAGUCUGUAUCAUAAAAAUUCUUAUUAAAUUGACUGUAUCUCCAACAAGAUUGUUAAUCAAACUCUUCUGGAUUGGGGGCACUAGGGAAGAUGAUGACAAAGAUGAUAGAAGAUCAAGGGAGGCUGUUUGUUGCCUAAAUGAAAGAUGGUACCUCAGGGCUUCAUGGGAGCAAUGAAUAUUAAAUGCAUAAUCCCCCCCACCCCAUUUUCUGUGGUAUACCAUAAUUAACUAUUGCAUGUAAAGCAAUUUUGAUUUUCUUAAAACCAUAAGCACCAAAGCAUGCUUUUCUCAAAAGGGUAUUAUUAGGUUCUUAAGUACCAAAUGAAACACUGCUGUUUUAUUUGGUUCCUUUUCCAUUGAGUAGAAGGACACUGUAAACUGGAAUUUUAUAAGAAAUAGCCUUUAAAUACAAGAGAGUAGAUGAGUUCAUAUGCUGUAUUCCAGAAUGUUAAAUGUGAUGUUUCAAAGGGCAGAAAUGGACUCAGUGAAUUGCAGAAAUGUAGGUGUGACUUAAUUUUUUUUUUUUUACUGAAAAAAAAUUUUUUUUUUAAUUUACUGUGCAUCCUCAUAUCUACAUCAGUUCUUUAUGGUCAUUUAUUGUAACAAGUUUUCCUUUCAGCUUUAUUCACUGCAGUACAUAUAGUUUUCUUUAAGCAAUCCUGUAUCAAUCAAUGCUGCAAUAGAAAUAGUUUCUGAAAAGUUCUUGCACAUUUUACAUUUGUUUUUACAAGAAAUGCAAGCGAGUGUGAAAUAUCUGUUCUCAAUUAUGUUGAUUUGUGUACAUGGUACUGAAGCAUUAAUAUUUAGUCUCAGAUGGCUAUUUUCUGGGAUCCAUGAAAGAAAGUUUUGUACAUUUUGAGUUCUUUAUAAAGUUUGUCUUGUGUUUAUCUUGUUGGCACUUAAAGGUAAAUUAUCCUGGCAAUGAAAGCUCCAAUUUAUUACUAUGUGACAAAAUACAUUUGUAUUCAAACAGCAGUUUUCUCUUAAAGUAACCCUGAUUUGCCAAUUAUUUAAAAAGCUGGGGGCAAAAGUGGGCAAGAUGUGGUGAGGAAAUUUUGAUACAGUAAUUGUUUUGGUUGGAUUUCAUGUCAUUGUGUACUUGACUAAAGCACUCUUCAUAUGCAAACUGUACGAAUUUGCUAGUUCUCUUAUCCCAGGAUUAAGCAUGGAGUGCCCACUCUCUUAUUUACUGUUCUGCAGGCCACUGUACCCUUCUGGGCAAAGUCAGAAUGUUGCAUUAAAAGAGGUGAUAGUUUUGCCAAUAUCACUGUUGUAAAGGAUAUACAUUUAAGGAAUUUUAAGUGAGAAAAGCCUUUUAGAACAUUAUCAGUAUCUUCCAUUUCUAAUAUUCAGAUGUUACGUGAUAUAAAUCACAUUUUCUUGUCUUUCCGAGAUGCACUAUGUAUUUGUUCGUAGAUAAAUCUAGAAAAUGUAUAUACUUUAUUUGGUGAUUUAGCUAUUUAUAAAUUUUGUUUUAACUCUUGCUCAUCUAUGGUUUGUUUUGAGUGGUUUUGUUCAUCUGUAUGUCACCAUGUUAAUUUGUAAUAGAAGUACACUUCAUAGUGUAUAUUGUUACUGAUAUUAAAAUAUUUUGUAGCAUAAUGUUGCCUCUAAGGGAAAGCUAGUAUUUAAUUGUACAACUGAAUAAGCAAGUUACAUGUUAUUGUUUGCUCUGACAGGCUAGACCUCUUAAAAGAAAAAAAAAAAAAGUCUUCAUGCAUUCUCCCAACCCCUACACAUACUGCCAUGCAUGGCAUGAGAUUUUCAUGUUGGAUCUUAGUGGGUGUAUUCAUUUACAGAAAAAAUUGCCAUUGUGGCAGAUCUGAAAAUCUUUUUUUGCUGGGACAUGAAACCAUGGUAUUCUUAUCCUCAAAAAACAGCCUGGAAUGGGAUGACCAUUACAUUUUUUUUUCCAGAGAAUAUUCUUUAUCAAGUAUGACUGAAACCUUAGGAAAUAGAAGCUAAAACCUUUUGAGUUUCAAAAGCUGUCUAAUGAGUCUAUGAAGAGUUUUUUUUUUUUGGAGCCUUGAAAUGGCAUUUUUGUGAGAAUGCUGUGUAAUUUGAAAGAUUGUAUGAAAUGCUUAUGAUAUAAAUUCCUUUCAGGGGCUGAUAAACAGAAUGGAAAAUUUUCCCAGUAGCUUAAAAUUCCACAGGUCAGAUCCCUUUUCAUUCCUGCUUCUCCUGGGCUUGUCAACCUAUAUUGGAGCACUGUUGGUCAGAUAUUGCUGUGAGCUUUCUGUCAGAUAUUUUAGAAAGUACCUGGUUAAAAGUUCUUUUUAGAAUAUAUGGCCUUCUGGAGAUGAACUAAGGAUUAUAGACUUUUUUUCCUGGAGGACUGAAUAAGAAGCAGUUUUAAUAUUGCACACAUGUAAGAAAGAAACUCAUAUAACUCAACCUUCUAGAACAAAACCAAACAGAUGAGAAAACUAAUGCAAAGCCAUUUCAGUUAAAAAACAAAAUACACACAUGCACAAAUAGUUGCAAAAAAACUUUCACUAGAACGUGAGAGUUGUAGGUACGUGUGUAUGUAUUUACACCUUGAUCUCUAAAAUUCUCUUCUACAGUAUCUCUGUUAUGAAUUUGAUGGAAAAGUGAUAUUUGGGCUAUGGGAAUAUUGUUAAAGUAGAUUUAAGAAAGAAUCUUGGUAAUUAUAACUGAACAGUUUCAAAAGUUGCCACAGCUUGUCCUUGGUGCUGUUUUUUUUCCCCCCUCUUCAGCAGACUGUUUUUGUUUUGUUUUUAUAUUUAGAAACAAAAAGGUAUAUUGAUUCAUAUGCAUGUUGAACAUUGUUUGACAUCCUUAUUUUAUUAUGUAAUUGACUCUCCCACCUAUCUAGUCUUCCACUUAGGGUUGGCCUCAAACCUAUAGGACUUAUGACAAAUGUAUAUCUACUUAGGUUGAGUUUAAUAUUUUUUUAUUAGCCUGUAAAUAAAGAUUGCAUCUUCUACAUUAAAA